AUGAGGGAUGCAGAGCAAGAAUUAUAUCCUGGUUGUCGAAAAUUCUCUAAAUUAUCCUUCACUGUAAAGCUGCUUCAUUUAAAGAUAAUGUUUCGUGGUAGCAACAAGUUCUUUUCAGCGUUGCUUGAGUUAGUGAAAGAGGCAUUACCUAAUGGAAAUACAUGUCCUAGAUCUCAUUAUGAAUCAAAGAAGAUUAUACGAGACUUGGGUCUUAGUUAUGACAAGAUCCAUGCAUGUAAAAAUGAUUGUGUACUCUUUUGGGAGGAGUAUGAAGAUAAAUUGGAGUGUCCAAUAUGUCAGGAACCUAGGUACUCUUUUGACAAUGGCAAGGAGAAGAUUCCCCAGAAAAUCUUGAGAUACUUUCCCUUAACUCCAAGGCUGCAAAGAUUGUUUAUAUCAAAGAAAAUAGCUGUAGAUAUGAAAUGGCACAUGGAUAAACGACCAGAUGAUGAGUAUAUGAGGCAUCCUGCUGAUUCUCAAGUGUGGAAUGACUUUGAUCUAAAGCAUGAGUCAUUUGCCAUGGAUUCUCGCAAUGUUAGGCUUGGAUUAUCAACUGAUGGUUUUAAUCCAUUUGGUAAUUUAAGUACCUCUUAUAGCAUGUGGCCUGUUUUUCUUGUUCCAUACAAUCUUCCGCCGUGGAAAUGCAUGAAAGAUCCAUACUUCAUGAUGUCAUUACUUAUUCCUGGACCAAGAGCUCCUGGAAAUGACAUUGACGUGUUUCUACAACCGUUAAUCAAAGAAUUGAAGCAAUUAUGGGAGGUUGGGGUUGAUACAUAUGAUGCUGGUUCUGGACACAAUUUCCGUUUAAGAGCUGCAUUGUUGUGGACAAUAAACGACUUUCCUGCAUUUGCAAAUUUGUCUGGAUGGAGUACCAAAGGAAAAAUGGCGUGUCCUACUUGCAAUGACCAGACACCUCAUCAAUGGUUGAACAAUUGGCAAAAAACUAUAUAUUAUGAUCACCGUCGUUUUCUGCCACAAAAUCACAGAUUCAGAAAAAAUUUGGAGUUUAAUGGUAAAGUUGAGAAGAGAUUAAAACCUGCUUUAUUUUCAGGGGAUGAUGUGGUUUGCCAAUUGACUCAUGUUUCACAACCGUGUUUUGGAAAGGGGAAGAAGAGAAAGCGUUGUGCUGAUCAUUUGAAUUGGACAAAACGAAGCAUUUUCUUUGACUUACCCUAUUGGCACACACUCAAGCUACGCCACAACCUUGAUGUAAUGCACAUAGAAAAAAAUAUUUGUGAUAAUAUUUUGGGUACAUUGAUGGACACUGAAGGUAAGACGAAGGACUCAUAUAAGACUCGUCUUGAUAUGGAAGAGAUGGGCAUCAAGUCUGAUUUACACCCCAAAUGUAUUGAUGGUGUGAUUAAGUUUAGACCAGCAUAUUACACUUUUAAUAUAGAUGAGAGGAAAGGUUUUUGUGAGUUCUAUAGUUGUACGAAACUUCCAGAUGGCAUGGCUUCAAAUAUCUCUAAUUGUGUGAACAGUGUUGAUUCUAGGAUUUAUGGUUUGAAAAGUCACGAUUGCCACAUUAUAUUGCAGCGACUUCUUCUUGUAGCCUUGAGUGGGUACUUGUCUAAAGAUGUUCAUGAGGUCAUUAUUAAAUUAUGUUUAUUCUUUAAGGAGUUGACUUCCAAGACUUUGAGAUUGGUUGUUUUGGAAAGGCUGGAUAAGGAUAUUGUCGUACUCCUAUGCAAGUUAGAGUUGAACUUCCCACCCUCAUUUUUCAACAUUAUGACUCAUUUGCCAAUUCACUUGGCUUAUGAGGCCAUACUUGCUGGACCAGUACAAUAUCGAUGGAUGUUUCCAUUUGAGAGAAAAAUGCAUAACUUAAAGGAUUAUUGCAAAAACAAAGCCCACCCUGAAGGAUCAAUUGCGGAAGGUUAUUGUGAUUGUGAAUGCCUGACAUUUUGCUCCAUGUACUUUCGUGAUGUUGAGACAAAGUUUAACCAAGUAGACAGGAACCAUGAUGUAAGUGAGAGAAGGAUGGGUUUAUCUAUUUUCACACAGAAUGUUAAGUUGUUAAAGGGAGCAGUUGAUGAUGUUCUCAGCCUAACUGACUUAGCAAGGAUUCGAUGGGAACAUAAAGCAGAACUUGAGAGGCAAAAUAUUCCAAACAUAGAAAAAGAACAACAACAGAAGUUUCAUAAAUGGUUUUUGCGACGUGUUCAACAGAUGCAAGUUGAGGGUUCAACAGAAGAUGUUGAAUCCUUACUAUACUUAGCCAGUGGACCUCAACGUGAAGUGGCACGAUAUAGUGGGUGUAUCGUCAAUGGCAUAAGGUUUCAUACUCAGAAACGUGAUGCAAAUAAAAAAACUCAAAACUAUGGAGUGGUAGUCAAAGGAGAGCAUCGUGGUAAAAGUAUUGACUUUUAUGGUGUUUUGAAAGAUAUAAUUGUGUUAUCAUACCUUGGAAAUAAUCAGGUGGUCGUUUUCAAAUGUGAUUGGCUGGAUCUCAAUGCAAGAAGGGGAAUUCAAGUUGAUGAGAACCAGUUUACAAGUGUUAAUUUUACCAAAAAAUGGUAUAUGAAUGAUCCAUUUGCAUUGGCAUGUCAAACACAACAGGUAUACUAUUUGAAAGAUACAAAGCAUGGUAGUAAUUGGCGUGUCGUGGAAAGGUCGCAGCCUAGAGGGAUGUAUGAUUUUACAGAAAAAGAAACUGAAGUGGGUGAUUCAUUAGAGGAGGUAGAAGAUCCAUAUCAGCAAGAGUCACAUGGGUAUGUCGAUUCAGUUGAAGUUGAUGUUGGAGAGACGUCAUUACAUAGAGAUGACAUGGAUAUGAUCGUUGUUGAUUUGAAUGCUAAAGAUAGUGAUGCAGAAGAUGGCGACUUUAAUGAUGAAGAUAAUGAGUUGAUGUCUUAUGAUGAUAUCGAGGACGACUCUACGUGA